AUGGCAGCCAAGAAAGACAUGCGCCGCGACGACCUGAUCGUCCCCUACUCCGAUCCUGACAAGGACAAGGAAAACACAGACUUCCAGAGCACAAUGACAAGCACCUUGCCCAUGGCUGCCAUAUUCACGAGGAACAAGAUGCUCGGCUGGACGGCUGUUCUCUUCGCCAUCCAGCAGUGGCUGUCCGAGACGCCCGCGCAAAAGGCCAACUCUGCCUCGCCGGCGUAUCUGUCUAUCGGCAUGUCAGUGCUUUCGCUGGGUGUUGGAUACAUGCCUUUGUUCAUGCCGCCUCCUCCUGGAUCCAGGCCGGGAAGCGGCACCGAAGCUCCCGCAGCUGCACCUCCCUCAUAG